AUGGGGGAGAAGCGAGAUAAAAUCGAUGUAUGGGUCGUUCGGAUAAAAAAGACAUGCGAAAAGGUUGGAAAACAUUCAAGACGAGAUACGGAGCGUAAACCAGGCGGUGCGACUCCUGGCUUUUGGAAACAAAGCACCGGCGGAAAAAAGAGACGUGGCACAUGGUUCGACCAAUUGCAUUCGUCCGAGAUAUAUUUUGGGCGCUGCACAAUUGAGUUCGGAUCGAUGAGUUACCGUGGUUUCGGUGGUUGUUGCGGCUUGGGGACACCCGUCGUAUCGUAUGCACCACGGCCCAUAUUUGUUGCCGAGAGAUCUCUGAGUAUCAUGACAGAAUUCUGCGACGAUGCAAUAACACCAAGCAAGCAGCAGCAACAGCUAUUCGCUGCGGACGGACAAUGCAGGUGGAGAAAGCGACGGACGACUGAAACAGGGCGUAAUAUGACGGAUAGGAGCAAAUACAGAUCCGGACGGAGGAGUGGCGGAGAUGAGGAACCAGCUUCAAGGGCCCAAAAAGGAUGCCGACGGAGGGUGAAUCAAAAAUAUCAAGAAGGGGAAGAAAAGGUCUCAACCGAGCCAGCGGGAGGGCGGAAGGAUGUAUUAAUACUAUCAAGACUAGUCCAGAGUCCAUACGAAACAGCAAUCUUGUUCGACUGGCACCCCUAUCCCGGCUCAGACAACUAA